AUGGCCGAUACUGAAGAAGAUGCUCUCCAACUAUACGAAAUAGUAACUGGCGAUUACUCUCUCGAGCUUAAAGAAUCUCAGCUACUAAAAUUCAAAACUCAUGUCAAAAAGGAAUUGGUCAAUCUCAACAAUGUUCCUCUCUACUUUAAAACCUUGGUUUAUGCCUUCAACAAAAUAUCAAACAGCUCCAUAAUCUCAAUCUCACUAACCACAAUAACCCAUCUAAUAAAACGAGUCUCAAUGCAAGACUCCACUGGCAAUUCCCUAAGACUAUCAAUAGAAUCUGGCGUCUUGAACAUCUUCAUUAACAAUCUAAACGACUACAGACUAUCCUACAGAAACCUAUCCAAAAAAUGCCUCUUCAAUUACUGGCUAUCAAACAACGUCGACGUCGAAAUCUACCUCAAAAAUUACUUAUUCAACAACUACUCCCUCUCUUACUCCCCAAUCAUCCUAGAACUACUAAUCAUCAUCCUAGAAUUCUACCAAAACAACAACAACUUGAACUUGCAAAUUUUCAUCAACCCAAUUCUAAAAAUAUACCAAAACAUCUCUCUCAACUACAACUCCAUCUCAAAUCUAAAUCUAAAUCUAAUAGCAAACACAAACUCAAACCUAUUAUCAAAAUCUUCUCAGAACAUCGAACUAAUAGACAAAAUCAAACUAAACUGUAUCUCUCUAAUCCACCACUACAUCUCUCAAUCACAACAAAACAAAUUCAAAUUCUUCCAAAUUUGCGACACUUUAAAAGUCCCAAAAAAAAUUAUUGCCGAACUUAUCCACGACAUUGAUAACCAAUCAAACAACAUCCUAAAAUCUGACCCCAACACAAAAAUCUACCUCCCAAUAUCUUCAACCAAAUCCUCCCCAAUCUUAUCCAAUUUCAAUCACAACCAAUCCCAAUCCCAAUCCCAAUCCCAAUCCCAAUCUCAUAGAAAAAGUGGCUCCCUCUCGCCUUAUUCAAAUUAUACAAAAAGACCCAUCUCAAGACAACUUUUCUCAGCAACAAAUACAUCUCAAAUCAAAAGACCCUUAUCAAGAAAUAUCUCAACUCCUUCCUCUCCAAUCUCUUUAAAUUCAAAGCCCACCACUUCACAAUCUACAAUUUUAAAUCAAAACCAAAACCAAAUCAAAUCAACAUCAAAUGCAUCCUCUUCAAGCUCAAUUGCAACACUAACUCAAAAUUCCUCCCUCAAAACAAAUACUACAGUCACAACCACUUCUAAUACCAUCAAAAGAUCCCAAUCAAAAAAACAAAUCUACACUACCCAAUCGACUUCCCAAUCGACUUCCCAAUCUUAUUAUCCUAACAACUUCCAAAAACCAGACUUUCUUCUUAAAAAUCAAAAAUUGGACCUCUUCUUAAAUGCCUUGAAUGAUUUUCCCCUAGAAAAUUUUGAUUCUCUAGACCUCUACUCCUCAGAAUCUCUUUCCCUAACUUUAAAUAAAAUGGAAUACGAUUUUAAAGACAAGGAAACUGAAUUCAACUGGAAUGGCAGAGAAAGAAAUAUCAUCACCUUAAGAUCCCUCAUAAGAGGCAACUUGAUCGAUGAUAAUCAAUUCUUGGGCAUCUUUUUCUACGAACUAAAAAGAUUCCUACUAGAUGGAAUCGCUAAGUCUUGUUCCUCUCUAAGAACAACUCUAUCCAAUCAUGCCUGCAAAUUCAUUAAAGAAUUCUUUAUUCUCUAUAAUGACUUGAUCGACUCUUCCACCGUCGAAUUCAUAUUCAACAUUCUAAUCAAAUUAACUAUAUCAACUAAAAAACUAACCUCAAUGAACGCAUUUAUCGCCAUUUGCUCAAUUCUAACCUUCUCAACCUGCAACCAAAGAAUCAUGGCUUCCUUAUUCACCUAUUCAAAUGAUAAAAACUCUUCUCCAAGAUUAUACUCCGCCACUUAUUUUAAAAUCUUGCUCUUAAAAGACCAUGAAAAGUACUUUGAUUCGAGCAAUAUCACAAAAUUAUCAACCAUUAUCCAAAAAAAUCUUGGUGAUUCAAAUCCCAGCGUUAGAGAAGGCUAUAGAGAUGUAUUUUGGGUUUUUUAUGAAAAAUUUCCUAAUAAAGGUUUGUUCCUAUUCAACAAAAUAACUCCAACAAUUAAAAAAACCUUAGAAAAAGUCAAACCUGAUCACAUCCCUAUUUCAAACUUAAACUCGCGUUUAUCAAGUAGCUUCUCAAGUCGUCGUAAUACAAGCAGUAGCAUGGAUCAUCGUGAUAUAUCAACAUCAAGAGCAACCAAUAAAAAUACAAAUGUACGAGAUUUUAUUAAAGCCAAUAGAGAAAAACUUAAAAUUCAAAAAAAGGAUUUGGCUUUUGAAAAACAAAGAAGUCAAUCCCAACUUUCAAACACCAACACAAGUCGUGCCCAAUCUGCUAGAAAUACUAAUGGUUUUCAUAGAUCAAUCUCUUCAUUAGCUCAAUUUCAUACACAACCAACAUCUAGUUUGACUAAACCCACAAGAGUUCUAAACAGCUCCAGCACAAAAACCCUAAGUUCCUCAAGAACCAAAAGCAAUACCUAUGGAUUUAACUCAUCCGCAACUAACAAUGUUUCAAGAGAACCCUUUCGUUCAAAAUCUUCUAUUAGUUCAAGAAGGUAUAUGAAUUAUACUGAAAGCUCUCUUGGUGGCUCAAACAGAGGCAGCAUAUCUACUUCUAGAUCCUUUAAUGCUAACUUAUCAAGUGCAAAGUCUUUUGUUUCAUCCAAGAGGAAAUCAGAUAUUGGUAUUAUAAGCUCUACUAUCAGUUCCACUUCAAUCAAACCUACUUUCAAAUUUUCUUCAACCUCAUUCUCAAAUAUAAGAGCGCAGUUUGAUAAUAAUGAAAAUCAUGUUGAUAACAACAAUCGAGGUCUAGCCAGCAGUCACAGCAUGGGUUUUAACAUUAACGGUGAUAAUAUUAGUUUGAAAAGUCAAAAAAGCUCUCCUUCUUUACGUUUAUCGGGAAGUUUCACUCCUUUAAAUAAAGUUGAAGAGAUAAAUAUUGCUGGGGUCUACAGAUCGCUGUCCAUCACUCCAAUAAAAGAGUAUGACACCAACGGUGCUCUUAAUUAUAAUUCAGAAUUAUUUACUAAUCUCCAAGAGAAAUUUUCUACCAAAGAUAAAAAAUUAGACAUACAAAACUCAGUAUCUGGAAAAGAUGUUGAUAGCGAUGUUGUUAUGAUUGAUCGAUCAAUUUCAAACAAUGAAAUCUCUAAAACCUCGGAUUUUGACUCAAAAAGUAUUUCCAAAGCCAAAUCUCCUUUACUGGGAUCUUUGAGAAAGCUAUCUAGUGCUAGUACAAUAAAAGAUUCUUCUCAUACACCUGCCUCAACACUUAACUCAAUUGAUAGGCCAACCAAUUCUAUUAUUUCAAUACCUGAUGUGAUAAUUAGUAAGCUUUCAUCUGAUUCAAAUGAAAUUAAUUUGGAAGGUUUGCAUUUUUUAGUUAAUUCUUUCAAAAAUAAUGAAAACUUUUCUUCUGAUGAACAUCUUAAAAUUAAAAGCAUAUUGGCUGAGUUGGUUACUAAAAAUCCAAAGUUAUUAUCAGUUUUGACUAGCGAUCAGGAAGUAAUAAAGAAUUCUAUUCAUUUUUUUGAUGAAAAGACUUUUCUUGAACUUGUUGCUAUAAAUCUUGAAAGAUAUCAAGUUGAAAAAAACUUUUCAUUUUACUUAAAUGAGAUAAGGAUAGUUGUAACUACUUUGGUUAAUAUCAUUGGAUUUGAAAGAUUUUUUAAAAUAUUAGUAAAUUUCAUUGAUGAGUUAAACCAGGGUUUGGAUACUAUGAGUUGUAUAAAAAAACAUGUUGAUUUGUUUUUGAUUAAGAGAUAUUUGAGAUAUAAGGAGCCUAAUUACAAAUUUUUAUUCUACACGUUAGAUUACCUAGUCUGUUCUCCCCAAAAAAAUAAAAUAUUAGAAAACAACUUUAGAAAAUUGAUAUCAAUUACUAUUCCUUCAAUUUCCUAUCUCAAAUCUAUAAAAUAUUCUGAUCCAGUUGAGAACAUUUUGAAGUCUUUAUUUAGCUACAAUAAUGGAUCAUUUUUAGAAGAGUUGACUUUUUAUUAUGAUGGUUUGAAUAACGAAAAUAAUUCUUUUGAUAGGAAAAAUUUGUUAGAUAAAAAAGAAAUCAUACUUAUUGCUAAUCCUUCAUAUGUCGAAAGUUCGGAGAGCGUCUUUAAUGAAGUUUCUAAUGAAAUUGAAGUCGAAGCAGAUGAAAACCAAGAUAAUACCGAUUUCAUUUUUGAAGGUAAAAGCAUCCAUUUAAGCCCUUUAAAAAUUGGGGAUUUAAGAAAAAAUAAUGAUCCUCAAUCUCCCAAAUUUGAACUUGAUAAAAUUGAAGCCAAUUUCAGUCCACUUAAGAUUAAGGAUUUCAAAGGCGAGACUAUUUAUUUUACAGAAGGAGAAAAACAACUUCUUGAUACGACAAUGAUAAAUCCAGAAAAAAAUACUUUACAAAAUAUUGAAACCGAUACUUUGGAAGAUGAACCCUCAACAAAAGCUAAACCUCUUAGUGAGAAUAAAAAAACAGCUGAAAUCUCGUUGAAUUCUGGUGAUGUUUCUGAGAAAUCUAUUUCUACCAACACAGAGUCUCAGGGAAUAAUAAGUAUCUUCAAGAAAAGAUUAAGUCUAGACUCCGUUAAUUAUGAGGCAUCCACUUUAACAGAUGGAAAUAUAUCUACUAAAGAUCAAGGGGUAUUGGCAUCAGAAGGUACAAAAGAAAUAUCUCGUGAAAAUGAAGGUAUUGUUGAAGAUAACUCCACCAAAGCCAUUGAAAAGUUAAGAAAAAUUAUUUCCAAAAAUGACCCUACAUUUUCUAGAUCAAGAAACCAUCCUUUUGUGAUUUAUCAGGAUGUUUAUCAAAACAACCAUGAAUUAUACUCAAAUUUCAAAAAUAAUAUAAAAAAAGAAAAUCCAGGCCUUGAAAAUUUGGAUGUCACACUUUUUCAGAUGCAUUUGGCCAAAUACGAACUUUUUGUUCAAAAAAUCAAUUCUCAAUACAAUAGAGAGGACAAACAAUUUUUCAGAAGAAAACUCAAGAAGAGAUCAUUAAUCAAAUUUAAAUUCACUUUGAAAGAUAUUGAGACUAAAAUUGACAAUAUUUUAAAUUUUGAUGAGAUAAACCAUUCGGAUACGGCUAUUUUGAUAUACUUGGUUAAAAAUAUAAUUAAGGAUUCAGAUGAUAAAAACUUUAAAACUAAUAAACUGUAUGAAUCUUUGCAAAAGUGGUAUAUCAAUAAAGGGUUUGAUAUGUUGUUUGAAAAUUCUAUAAAGUUUUUUGAGCUUUACAAAAUAGUUGAUUUGAGAGAUAAAGAAAUUCCUUUUAUGAUAUUAGUAUUGUUGAACAUUUUAAUUUUAAAAUCUAAUGUCAAAGUUGAAAACAAUAGGAGAAAGGUUUUAUUUAACGAGUUUCUGCAAGUUGAAAAUUUUUGGUACUGCUUAGUUGAUAUUAUUAAUCUUAUUAAUAGUGUUAACGAUAAUGCAUUUAAGCUUGUUGAAGAAUUGAUAGACAAUUUGCUCUUAAUAGGUGAUAAAAAGAUGAUCAAGAAACUAAUGGAUCUAAAUUAUUUGUCUUUGGUUUCAAAGGAUAGAGAUGAUCUUAAAAAUCACAACGGUUUAAUAUUGAUUCUUGAAACAAUUUGCAAACUUUUAAAAAUUCUUGUAUAUGAAUAUGAUAUUAUUCAAGGCAAUGAAGUUGGAUAUAUUAAUGAGGUAAUAUUCAGAAUUCACAGCAAAAUCAAACCUCUUCUUGAUAGUCAAAGUGUUGAGCUAAGAAGAUUGGCUAUAGUGGUAUUUGCUUUAUUUAAAAUAUUUAAAAAUCAAUUACUAGAAAAAAAAUUAUUGAAUAGUUGUGGGAUUGUUAACAGUGCAUUCCAAAAUUUAUCUCCAAACAAAUUGAAAUUGAUUGAUUUUUACAGUAAAAAAAACAUUAGUCAUUGCAUUGCUAAAAAUAUUAGUUGA